AUGUAUAGACAAACUAACAUGAAAGAUUUAUUGGUUCAAUUGGAUGAUUUACCUGAUGAAAUUCUCAUGUAUAUAUUUAAAAAAUUGUACAAUGAUCAAGUGCUUUAUUCUUUAAUGGAUGUUAAUCAACGACUCAAUAGAAUUGUACAUGAUACAAAUUUUAUUCGUCAUUUAUGUUUACUAGAAUACUGUCCAAUCCAUGAUUCUACCUCGCCUUUACCAGAUUCAAUAACUGAUCGAUUUUGCUCAAAAAUUCUACCUGAAAUUGGACAUCAAAUUAAAACUCUUUUUCUUUCACGAACGUCGAUAGAACGUGUUCUUCGUGCUACAAAUUAUCCUAAUUUGAAUAAUCUUGGUUUAUGUGAUGCUCACCCCGAAGCAGCGAAGUCUUUGUUACUUGAUGAAAAUUCAUUAAUUCAUAGAUUCAAGAAUCACAUUUCGUCACUCUUCAUCAGUUUUGAUAAAGGAGACAAUUUUUGUCCAAUAGGACUUAUCUGUUCAUCUAUAUUUGAAGAAAUUUUAAUCCUAUUCACUAAUUUACAAUGCUUAAUUUUCAAUCCAUCUGCAACUUUAUAUAACGCUGUAACAUUUCUAUACUCAGAUAGCUUUGGUGUCUGUUCAACUUUAUUAGAAUUACAUAUCAGUGUGACAAAAAUGGAAGAAUGUCUUUAUAUACUUGAUGAAAUUUUUGAUCAACUUCGUAUACUCCAUGUUACUUUUCAUAAUAUUCCAUCUCAGUCUCACCAUAUUGAACAUAAAAAAAAGCUAUUAACAAACUUACGGAUUUUUUCAUUGUGCUGCAAGCAAGAGAUAUACGAUUUUAAUGGAUUAAUUGCACCACUUCUACGUCGAAUGUUAAAUUUAGAAGAACUUGAUUUAAAUAUUAAGCUUAUGUCUUAUACAGAAUUUAUUGAUAUUGAUAUAUUGAAGAACGAUAUUAUUAUUUAUAUGCCACGAUUACAGAAAUUCACAUUCAACAUUUAUUCCAUCAUUGAUCAUCGUCAUCAAGCGAUCUUCCCAUUAAACGAACAUAUGGAGAAAACAUUUCAAUAUUUCUCAAAUAAUCAAAUAACUACUCGCAUUGAUCAUUUUGAAAAAGGAAGAUUUAGUCAAUGUCAUGUGUAUUCAUCUUCAUAUAAAAUGAAAAUUUACAAUAAUAUAACAAAUAAUUUCCGAGGUGGAAUAUUUACCAGUGUUACUGAAGUAUCAUUACGCGAUGAAUACCCAUUUGAACAUGAAUUUUUUCUUCGAAUAGCUCAAUCAUUUCCAUCUAUGAAACAAUUAACGAUAAAGAAUCGACAAGCACAAAAUAACAAACAAUUGAUAAAAUCAAACAACGAUUACCAAAUAUUGUCAAUUAUUGAAUAUCCCAAUCUUACUCGACUUGAUCUUAAUAAUGCUCAUGAUGAUUAUGUCGAAUUAUUUUUAUUUGAUACGAAAAUGUCUGUGCCAAAUAAUCUUCAUCUUUGUGUCGAUUAUCAAUCACUAAAAAGAGUGACAUACUAUUUUACAAGAUAUAUAACACGUAAUAAUUAUGUAAAACUUGCUGCUCUAUAUUGUGAUCCAAAUCAGGAAAACGAUGAACAUUUCAAAAAGUAUUUUACUAAUACGCGUAUAUAUAAUACUUUUGAUUUUAUAAUUCUUUAA